AUGGAGAGUCUUCCACGCGAGAUUUUGUUCGACAUACUUUCAAGACUACCAACAACAUCCUUACAUAACGCUAAGCUCGUUUGUUGUUCAUGGCGCAACUUAGUUCAAGAUCCAGUUCUUGUUGAUAUGCAUUUUACCCGUCAACCUGAGAAUAAUCCCUGUCUCAUCUUACACAGCGACUAUCCCAUCCGCAACCAGCUGUAUGCUGUACAUUUUUAUGCCCACAAUGAAAAUGUUGGGAUGGUUAGGAAAAUUUGUGUACCUGAGAUAUUUCCUGAGUUUGAUGUAAUAGGCUCUUGUAAUGGCUGGCUAUGCUUAUGCGAUUCAUUAUCGAAGAGUACAUUCCAUGUGUACAAUCCCUUUACCGGUGAUUGCAUUGAGCUGCCUAAGUCCGCUUCAAAUUCGGACAAAUGGAUAGCAUUUGAAUUUGGUUUCCAUCCGACAACAAAAGAUUACAAGGUGGUUAUGAUCGGGAAUGGUACAAGGGCUGGAUCACCGUAUAUCUGUGCAUUACCUCAGCGAUCAGAAAUCAAAAUUUUAACAUUAGGCAGCCCUGCUUGGAGAAGUGUAGGACGAGUACCUUACCAUCUAUUUGGAUCGCCUUCUCAGGUUUUGGUUAAUGGAAGGCUUCAUUGGGUCAGUUGGCCGCUCACAUCACCUCAUUGCCCUGGUCGCUUGAUUGUCUCAUUUGACUUGGCUGAUGAACGAUUUAGAGAGGUUCAGAAACCUAAUUCUGCAAGGUUUCACGUUCGGAACUUGACAGUCUUAGGCGGAUGUCUUUCUGUAGCUGCUUAUCGUGAAGAUGGACUAUUUGAGAUUUGGAUUAUGAAAGAAUAUGGUGUGAAAGAGUCUUGGAUUAAAGAAUUCAGCAUUGGAACUCAUCCGCCAAGGGGGUUGGAGGAAGAUGUAGAUUGCUCGUUCAACAUUUCAAAAUUUUAUUCGAAAAGAUCAUUCGUCAGAGUCCUAUGCCGUCUGAAAAAUGGUGAGAUUUUAUUGGAAUACAAGUGCAGAGCUCUGGUUUCUUAUGAUCCAAGAUCUGGAACCUUCAGGGAUAUUACAGUUCAAGGAAUGCCAAAUUGGUUUCAAGCAGUACUUCAUAUUGGCAACCACAAUCUUAUCGAUACUCUUAUUAACAUAUAA